UUAUACGAAAAUACUGUGAAGGAGUCAAGAAGAGGACUAAUUCCGAAAAGGCGACGACUCGACUUCCUACACCAUUUAUGUUUCUCUCCAAUUUUCUCAAAUUCAUUUCCUUGUGAUUGAAAAAUGGGAACUCCAGAAUUUCCAGAUCUAGGAAAACACUGUGCCGUUUCCGAUUGCAAGCUUAUUGAUUUCUUACCCUUCACAUGCGAUCGAUGCAACCAGGUGUAUUGUUUGGAUCACCGAAGUUAUAUCAAACAUCAGUGUACAAAAGCUGACAAGCAAGAUGUCACUGUAGUAAUAUGUCCACUUUGCGCCAAGGGAGUUCGCCUAAUUCCCGAUCAAGAUCCAAACAUAACAUGGGAGAAUCAUGUUAACACCGACUGCGACCCAUCAAAUUAUGAGAAAGUUACAAAGAAGAAAAAAUGCCCUGCAGCUGGAUGCAAAGACAUCUUAGUAUUCUCAAACACAAUUAAGUGCAGGGAUUGUAUGGUAGACCAUUGUUUGAAGCAUAGGUUUGGACCUGAUCACAAAUGUCCAGGACCCAAGAAAUUGGAAUCAAGUUUCUCUUUUAUGGGUCUUAUGAAUCGGAAUAGAAAACAGGAGUCUAAAACCAAUUCAAGUUCAACCUCCUCCUCCUCGUCUAAGUGGACAACGAGCUUUCUUAAUGCUGCUUCUAAUAUUCGAGCUUCAGCUGAGGCUGGAAUGUCAAAAUUGAGUGGUGAAAUUAAUCAAGUCUGGGGGACGUCAAGCGAUGUUGGGGGAAAGAGCAAUAGCAGCGGUCAAGUGGAGCAAUGCCCUCAAUGUGGUGCCAAGUUUUCUUCGGUAACUUCUUUAGUUGAUCAUGUGCAGAAAGUUCAUGAAAGAAGCAGUAACCGUUCUGCGUCAAAUGUUACAAUUGAUGCAUGUCCAAAAUGUAGCAAAGGAUUCAGAGACCCUGUGGCCCUUGUAGAGCAUGUUGAGAGAGAUCAUGGUGGCACUUCUAGAAAGUAAGUAUUAAGUUGAUAUUGAAUUGAUUUUGACUUGAAGAUAUAUAGCAUGAAUUCUGUGUUUAAACAUUCAUCUCCCCGGUUUUAUAGAAAUAAGAUAUGAAUUUGAAGACGUUUGUUAUUUCUGCAUCACGCACAGUUGAAACAAGAUACGAAAUCAGUGUUUUCACAUUCAUCUUCCCAGUUUUGUAGAAACAAGAUAUGAAUUCAGUGGUCAUUUGAUUGAUAGCUUGAUUACGUUACUAGUUUUCCUCUA